AUGAAGAGGGGACUGCUGUGGAACGAUGAAGACGACGAUGAUACAUCAUCUUCGGACGAUUCAUCAACCCUAGAUACAGACGCGGAAGAUAAUCAAGCCUCCAAAUCUACUAAGGAGAAUUCAAUUCGAUCCUCCAAGAAGAAAUCUUGUCAAGUUGACUCUGCAAAGAAAAGGAGCAAAGGUCUCGACUUUGAAGCUUUGAGUCAACAUGGAUAUAAAGGAGGAUUAUCAGUCUUGAGCAUCCCACCACCAAAAGAGCCUGAUCAGAAACAGGACUGGUCUUGGUCAUCGGGAAAGGAAACUCGGGCAAAGGAGGUAGAAGAAACUUAUGAAGAUCGACUGAGAACAAGAGAUGCAUUAGCUGAUGCAGAGCUGCUAAAAAACGUGCAAACACAGAAAGAUAAAAAGAAUCUUUCUUUUCAACAGAAGGAGAAGAGGAAAAGAGAUCUUGGUCAGGCUAGUCGGGGGAAGAACUAUGUGGAAGAAGAGAAGAGGUUGCUAAGAGAGAGUGGCGUUUACUCCGGGUUUGAUUCUUAA